AUGGAAUAGUUCAGAGAAGAUGAUGAAAUAGCCUUGAUACCAAUAAAAAAGAAACCGAAAGCUAAAGAACUACCCUAAAAUAAGAUAAACAUUAAAGGACAAUAGAGUGUAAAGAAACCAAUCAGCAAGCCUAAUCCUAAGAGAAUGGAUUUAAAAAUGUAAGCGUCUUUGCUGAAUUCACUUAAGUUUGUCGAAAACAUUCAACCUGAUGUCAUACAAUCAAGUUUGAAGAAUGAUUUUACUGAAUGGGAGCAUUAAAACUUUGUUUUCAAAUUGAGCCAAUAAUCUUAAAAUUCAAAAGUAGAAUAUGAUGAUAAAAUAAAUCAAUACUUUAAUGACUUUAAUUAAAAAUGGAAAAUAUAUCCAUAUAAGCAUUUUGUUGAUUUAAAGCCUGAAACGAGUCAUGUUAUUAUGAAAUAACCUUUGUGUGAAUCCAAAAACAUCAAUAAAUAAAAUUAAAAUUAAUAUUAAAUAAAAGUUAUCCCUUUGAGGUAGAAUGAAAAAUUGGCUGAUAUUAAAAUAAAAUUGGAGCUUUAAUGA